AUGAGCUCAUCUUCAAAUCCAGUAUCACAAUUUAAUAAUAUUUCAUUAGGUGGUAGAAUUAGUGGAACUAGAGGUAUUUUAAAAUUUACAACAAAUAAUAUAACAUGGAAAUCGGAGAAUGGUAAAAUUGAAACAGUUUCAUCAUCAGAUAUAAAGAGAGCAAAUUGGGCUAGAGUUACACCAAGAAUAUUUCAAUUAAUAUUAUCGAUUAAAGGUGGUGCAACAGUUAAAUUUGAUGGAUUUAAAGAACAAGAUUAUGAAGUAGUUAGAAAGUAUUUAUCAGAUCAAUAUAAUGUAUCACCAUUGGAAAUUAUCGAAUUAUCAAGUAAAGGUUGUAAUUGGGGUGAGGUUAAAGUCAAUGGACCAAUGAUUCAAUUUACCACUGAUCAUGGUAAGGUUGGAUUUGAAUUUCCAAUCUCUGAAGUAUCACAAUCGGUCAUUGGUGCAAACAAUAAAAAUGAAUUAACAUUGGAAUUUCAUCAUGAUAAAGCAAUGGAUGACGAUGAUGAAACAAUGGUAGAGAUGCGUUUUUUCACACCAAUUAGACCAUCGAAAGAGGGUGAAGAAGGUGGUAAAGAAAAGAAGGUGGGCGAGGAUGGCGAAGAGGAUGAGGAGGAUGAAGAGGAUGCAGAAAAGGAGGAGGAGAUUAGUGCAUUGGAGCAAUUCCAACAAACCAUUAUGAAUAAAUCAGAUAUGGUAUCGAAUGUUGGUAAGAGUUUGGUUGUAUUCUCUGCCAUUCAAUUCCUUACACCAAGAGGUCGUAUCGAUAUUGAAAUGUAUCCAACAUUCCUUAAACUUCAUGGUAAAACUCAUGACUAUAAAGUGCCCUAUGAGAGUAUUUCACGUCUCUUUCAAUUCUUUAGACCAGACCAAAAACAUAUCUUUUUCAUCAUCUCCUUGGACCCACCCAUUCGUCAAGGUCAAACUAAAUACGCCCAUUUAGUCAUUCAAUUCCAAGCAGAGGAGAACAUUCAUCUCGAAUUAAAUCUAACCGAUGAACUUCAACAGAAAUUCAAAGAUCAACUCUCACCAAUUAUGAAUGGUAAUGCCAAUGCACUCAUUUGUAAGAUCCUUAAAGCAUUGACUGGCAAGAAAAUCACAAUUCCUGGUAAUUUCCAAUCGGACUCAGGUGCAAACUCUAUCAAAUGUUCAUUGAAAGCCAAUGAAGGUUAUUUAUAUCCAUUGGAGAGAUGUUUCUUUUUUGUUCAUAAACCACCAACCUAUAUUAAAUUUGAAGAUAUCUCAAACAUUGAAUUUGCUCGUUAUGGUGCACCAUCCGUUAGGGGUGGUAGUAAUCGUACAUUCGAUUUAUCUAUCAAUCUAAAGAACUCAACUUCCAUUCAAUUUGUAAAUAUCCAACGUGAAGAAUAUCCAAGUCUUUUCAAUUUCCUUAAAGAAAAGAAAUUAUCAAUUUUAAAUCCAGUUACUACUGGUCCUGCAAUGAUAAUAGAUGAUGAUGAUUCUGAUGAUGAUGAUUAUGAACCUUCAGAGUCUGGUUCUGAGUCUGAUGAAGGUUCUGCUUCAGAUGAAUCAGAGGAAGAAUCUGAAGAAGAUAAAAAAGCUAAAAAGAAACAAAAGAAAUAA